AUGAUGAAAGAUAAUAAUGUUUUUUGUCGUUUGGAUACAUGUGAAACAGUGGGUUAUGCAACAACAAUCUGCUGUAAUAUAAUAGAAACAUUAACCACAAAUUACAUGACCGUUAUACAAGUUUAUGUUGGUGAUAAACAUUGGAAAAAUAUUGAAAAUCCAGCUAAAGCGAUAGAAAUUAUUAUUCCAACUAAUACAAAAAAAAUUAUAGUUGAAAAUAUAUCUGUUAAUUGUAGUUAUUCAUCAAAAUUAUUACCUUCAUUAGAAAAUGAAACAUUCCUAAAACAAAUUGGAAAUAAAACCGAAUGUAGUUUAUCAAGUUUUGCUGAUGCUCUUGAUGGAAAUUAUGAUGAAAUCCGUACACAUUAUCCAGAAGUACAAUUUGUUCAUGUUUACCCAUUUAAUUCAGUACAAAAAAGUAUGUCAACAUUUAUUCGACGAUUUGAUUCAACUGUACAUAUUGUACCAUUUUCAAAUGUUGACUAUGAUCGUCUUGUACAAACUGUCAUUGAACCAAUGGCAUUUGAUGGUUUAUGUACAAUAUGUUUGGCAUAUAGAGAUUUUUCACCAGAUAGAUUACCCGAUUGGGAUGAUGAAACAAAUAUUAUGGAUCAAUUAACGUUACCUGAAGUUAUAGCUAAAUGUCAAAAUGCUGGUAUAACAGUACGUAUGAUUACAGGUGAUAAUGUUAAUACAGCUCGAUCAAUAGCAUUUAAAUGUGGUAUUAUAUCACCAAAUGAUAGUUUUCUUAUACUUGAAGGAGAAGAGCUUAAUCGACGUAUAAGACCAAGACUCGAUGAAGAAAUUUAUUUAACAAUACAUAUAUUAGUAUCAUUAGUAUUUACUUUUGAAGUACCAACAAAAGAAUUAUUAACACGUAAACCUUAUGGACGUACACCACCAUUAAUAUCUCGUACAAUGAUGAAAAAUAUUAUUGAUCAUAGUAUUUAUCAAUUAGCUGUUAUACUUUUUAUUUUAUUUGCUGAAGGACCAAAAUUUAGUCGUGAUUAA